ACAGGUUUCGAGAAGUUUGCGCCACCGGGUGCGAGUUGGGACGUGAACUAUUCAGAACGACCAAGCGCAGGAUGCCAGAGACGAUAACAGCAAGGUCAACAAGACCUCGAGUAAGUCACCUGGCUAGUUACGUGAAACAUCACAACACAAAACUCGACGGUCGACAGGCCACCAGCGAAGGACGCUACGAUGAAUAGGUCGAACGUCUGCAUGUCACGCAGCUCUAGAGAAGGCCAAGCCAAGCUAACACUGAGCCAAGUCCAAAAGGUUCGUGGGAUUUCUGCCACUGUGCGACAACACCUAGACUCUGUGUCCAGCCCAUGGGAUUUUCCAAUGUUCCAACUCUCUCGUCAGCGCGCGACGGAAGUUUCCACUACGGCAACGUGCCUCCUUGGUCCCUCCCUGCUUUAAAGUCCCCUGCUCAAAAGUCAUCCAGGGUCCCGCGCAGGGCUUUGGUGGGGACCCCUGUGAAUGAUAAGUGGAAUAUGGAUUCGACGCCAAACGCUUUCGAGGGUUGUAUCACACAUCCUCUUGGAAAUAGCGUGCACCUGCAUCCCGUGGUUGCAAUUCGCAGUACCGAAGUACCUGGCCCCCGUGUGGACAUGAACAACAACGACCCAACGAAUACAGCUCAUCCCUUGGAUAAUUGUCGAUACCCUUUACCCAGUACAUAUAAUAUGCCACCCGCCUGCAGCAUUGACGAAUUGGGUUGCAGAAGCGACGACGGCCUUAAAGACGCGACAAAUACCAGUGGUAUCCCGUCCGAUGUUGUCACCACAAUCCACGUUUUCUUCCACCACUGCACACUCGAAGCAUCUUCCCUGACUCUCGGCCUGCCACUACAUAGUACUUGACAGACUAGAUAUCUCGCCCAUCCGCCGUCCCGCUGGCCAUCGCCUCUCCGUUUCGCAACCACUUCAGACCCCUCUCCUCUCUGCGCGAUUGCCGGCGCUAUUAGGCGCUGGAUAUUGGGAAAUUCACAACCGCAGCUCAAAUUUCGCCCUCGCCG